CUCCUCGACGGACCUCCCAACCUCCCAACAAAAUUCCGAAGAACAUUUACAAUGGCGAUCUCACCAAUUCCCUCGUCCUCCCUCUCCGGCGUCAAACUCGCCUAUGCCACUCCCUCCCUCGGCAUGCACGAGAAUCACACUCUUCCUCUCAAGCUCAAGGCUGUCUCUAAACACGGCUAUGCCGGUGUCGAGAUGGGAUUUGACGAUCUGUGCUCCUACGCAGAGCAAACAUUCGGUGACGAAUUCAAGGGCGAGGAUGACAUUCCCACCUUGGUGAAGACCGCGGAGAAGGUCUAUGAAUUGUGUCAGGAACUCAAGUUGGAAGUCAUCUGCCUCCAGCCAUUCUCCGAUUUCGAAGGCAUCACCGACCCCACCGAACGCUCCGCCAGGUUCGAGACAGCCAAGAACUGGAUGGCAAUCAUGCGCGCCCUCCACACCCCCAUGCUCCAAAUCGGCUCCACCGACAACCCUUCCCGUUCCUCCUCCUACACCACCAUCGCCUGCGACCUCCGUGAACUCGCCGACCUCAUCGCAGCCAAAGUCCCCAACGGCAGAAUCGCCUACGAACCCUGGUGUUGGGGAGCCUGGAUCGACACUUGGCGUGGGUGUUGGGAAAUCUGCAAACUCGUCGAUCGCCCCAACUUCGGUUUGUGUUUGGAUACAUUCCAGAGUGUCGGACGGGAAUGGGCGGAUCCCACGAGUGAGAGUGGGAGGAUUGAGGAGGGUGGGAUUACGGAGGAGAAGUUGACGGCGAGGUUGCAGUACAGUAUGGAGGAACUCGCGAAGACUGUGGAUCCGGAGAAGAUCUUUUAUUUCCAGAUCUCGGAUGCGUAUCAUAUGCAACCACCCUUGACGCCGGAUCAUGAGGAGAUGAAGGCGAAUGAGGGCACGCCCGCUCGUGGAGUGUGGUCCCAUGCGUUCCGUCCUCUCCCCUUUGACGAUGAACUCAAGGGGAGCAAGAAGGGAUAUUUACCUAUCAAGGAGUGUUUGAAGGCUGUGUUUGCUACGGGAUGGAGAGGAUGGGUGUCUAUGGAGGUGUUUGAGGGCGAGGAGAUGGGGAAGGAGAAUGAGAGCGUGCCCGAUGAGUGGGCGAGAAGGGGAAAGAAGAGCUGGGAGGGAUGCGUUGCCGCGAUGGCUGAGGAGUAG